CUGCGCGUUGCUGCUGACGUUGGUGCUACACAAAGUGGCGAUGGCGUUCACGGAUCAGUCCCUCCUGGACCUGACAGAUAAAGAAAUCCGGGAGAAACUGUCGUUAUGGGAUCGUCGCACCGACGCCAUGGCUCCCCUCACGGAAAAACAAAUGGACUCUGUCCUGGAGCUCCGAGCCGCGGCUGAAACGCUCUCUGUCCCGUCAGAGUUACCCAUUGAGGACUUGUGCAGCCUUUCGUCGCGGUCCUUGCAGUCCCCCUUCACAGCGACUGUGCCCGCUUCAACGGAGGACGUCCUGCUCAAGGGUUUCCAGAUGCUCGACAUGGAGAAUGACAGGAUAGAAACGGCACAACAGUUCUUUGCCUGGUUCGCCAAGUUACAGUCAAACAUGGACCAGGAUGAGAACAUAAAAUACAGGAAAACCAGAGAUGAUCUAAACUGCUACCAGGAACAAUGCGAUGCCAUUCUGAAAGACGUCAGCGCUGCUCUGGAGCACUUGGACUCCCUUCAGAAACAAUAUCUGUUUGUGUCCAAUAAGACCGGCACCCUACAUGAGGCCUGUGAGCAGCUCCUAAAAGAGCAGUCAGAGCUUGUUGACCUGGCGGAGAGCAUUCAGCAGAAACUGUCAUAUUUUAAUGAGUUAGAAAACAUAAACACGAAACUGAACUCGCCAACCUUGUCUGUAAAUAGUGAAGGCUUUAUACCGAUGCUCUCGAAAUUGGAUGAUUGCAUUGAAUAUGUUUCUUCGCAUCCCAAUUUCAAGGACUAUCCAGUUUAUUUGGCCAAGUUUAAACAGUGUCUUUCUAAAGCUAUGCACUUCAUGAAGAUCCACAUUGUAAACACUAUGCAGAAUCUCACAAGCCAGUUAACGAAAAGGGAUCCAAUGGGCUUGGCCAACGCAGACAAUGCCUUUACACUGUACUAUGUUAAAUUUAGAGCAGUUGCACCUAAAGUUAGAUCACUGAUUGAACAGAUAGAACAGCGAGCAGAGAAGAUUCCAGAAUACCAUCAGCUCCUAGAUGAAAUCCAUCAGUGCUACCUUGACCAGCGGGAGCAGCUCCUCAGCCCCAGCAUUACAUCCACCAUUACUGACCUGACCAACCAAAACAGCAAAGACCACUGCGCUCUGGUUCGCAGUGGCUGUGCCUUCAUGGUUCACGUGUGCCAGGAUGAGCACCAACUGUACAAUGAGUUCUUCUCUAAGCCUACACCUAAACUAGACGAGCUGCUAGAGAAGUUAUGUUUGUCCCUGUAUGACGUCCUCCGGCCUCUAAUCAUCCACAUCAUCCACCUGGAAACCCUGUCUGAGCUCUGCGGUAUCCUCAAGAAUGAGAUGCUGGAAGACCACGUUCACAACAAUGCCGCUCAGCUGGGGGCCUUUGAUGCAGUGGUGAAGCAGAUGCUGGAGGAUGUCCAGGAGAGGCUGGUCUAUAGGACUCACAUUUACAUCCAGACUGACAUCACAGGCUACAAACCGGCUCCGGGGGAUCUGGCCUAUCCUGAGAAACUGGAGAUGAUGGAGAGAAUUGCUCAGAGCUUGAAGGAAGAGCAGAUGAAGCAGAUGUCGCAAGAGUCCACGUUUUCUGAUGUUCAGCUGGAGGAUCCUGAUGGUAGAAGAAACAGUAAUGCUGGGAAUGUAGAAGCAUCAAGCGUGCAGACGUCGAUCUCUCCUGCUGAUCUGCACGGCAUGUGGUACCCUACUGUCAGACGAACACUGGUUUGUCUGUCCAAGCUCUACAGAUGUAUAGAUAGAGCAGUCUUCCAGGGUUUAUCUCAAGAAGCCUUAUCUGCCUGCAUCCAGUCCCUGCUUAAAGCUUCAGAUAUCAUCCUUAAAAACAAGACGCAAAUAGAUGGGCAACUUUUCCUGAUCAAGCACCUGCUGAUAAUGCGUGAACAGAUUGCCCCAUUUCACACCGACUUUGCUAUCAAGGAAAUCUCACUGGACCUGAAGAAAACGCGAGAUGCCGCCUUCAAAAUCCUGAACCCUAAGGCUGUUCCCAAAUUCUUCCGACUUAACAGUCACAACGCCAUACUUGAAUUCCUGUUGGAGGGAACACCGGAGAUAAAGGAGCACUACAUUGACUCUAAGAAGGAUGUGGACCGACACCUGAAGUUCAGCUGCGAGCAGUUCAUCCAGCAGCAGACUCAGAUCUUUGUGGGGAACCUUGAGGAGUUUCUCACCAAGGUCGCAGCUCUCAAAACUAUGGCUAUCCAAGGUGGUCCCACGUACAGUCUGUCUCAGCAACCUUGGGCGCAGCCAGCAAAGAUCAACGAUAUUGUGAUGGCUACCUACCGGGUGAUGAAGAGCAAGCUGCCAAGCACUUUACAGAGCAUGUCCUUGUACUUAGCCAAUAGAGACACAGAGUUCAUUCUUUUCAAGCCUGUCCGGAAUAACAUCCAGCAGGUAUUCCAAAGACUGCACGCCUUGCUUCAGGAGGAAUACAGCGGAGAAGACCUUCAAAUCAUCGCAUGCCCAUCUACGGAGCAGAUUAACCUACUGCUGUCUGUGAAUAAGUAAUGUCCGAGUUUGGCGCGUGGCGAUGCCGAUGAGCACUCUCCGGAUAGCACUGGGAUGCUGCAACUCCAGCCAUGACCAGGAGCUGUGAGGCUGAGUAGGCGAGAUGACCAGAGAACUGUACCUGAGCUGCAAGCUGGACCGGGAGUGCUGAACUGUCAGCAAGGAAAAAAAAAAAAGAAGAAAAAAAAUGAAAUCCUGCACAAGGCCAAAGAUUCUCCAACAGAGGCUCGAGUAGCUACAAGUAUGUGGAGGUUCAGGUUUUCACCUUGAAGUCCACAAGAAGUGGGAAGUGGAGGGUGUUAUUUCUGGGUACUGAUUUGAUCAUUUUCUUUGACUCAAAUUGAAGGUGGUGUUGUGGUUAGGGUUGUUUUCAUGUAGGAGAAAUCCAUUUUGACGGGUGGAUUUGUGAUCACGGUUGCAUCUCUGUUAAAGGUGUACUAUGCAGGAGUUGUCAUUAUUGUUUAUAAACAGUUUUUGACGCCCGCCAUUUCCAGAGCGCCCUCUUGGAUGCUUGCUGCUUUCGGUCUGACACCUGGUCCCUACCUUUUUAUAAAGUCGUGACCUCACCUGCGCACUGUUAUUGACUUUUAUGGGCUAUACACCCACUGCUCAAAGGUUGCAGCCCAGAAACGUCUAGACCACAGCAAAAUAAAAGGAAAAUAAGACAAGACAGGCGGAGGGAAGGGUCUCUGCAGAUAAAUACUCCACCACACACAUCUAGCGGGUCAUGUGGUGUUUGAGAGGGAUGGCUUUUGUUGAGUCUGUACAUUGCUUUUUAGGAGAAUCCUACAUAGUAUACCUUUAACACCAAGUUGUUUUGAAUCAAAAUAAUUUGCACACUGUGUUAGGGUGGGGGUGUGUGUGAAAUGUAUUAAGAGUGUUCAGACAAAGACACUGGGGGGGUACAAAUAGAGGCACUAAAGGGUUGUUGAUCAGCCAGGUAGCUAAUGGCCAGGAAGGAGGCUUGCAUUAAGAUCCCAAGACUCCCUCGAUGGGUUUGGAAGGAAAACGAGAAAAAAUGCUGCAAAAUAUUUUAUUCCUCUAUUUUAAAAUGUAACAUACAGUAGAACUGUGGCCUGGUGAGCUCCAGGACGCUCAUGUCCGACAGGUUUCCAACUCUGAUCAUAGCAAAAAUCCACACAGCUGUCCUUCACGUCUCAGAUGUUUUCUCAAAGAAGAAAGAAGCUUUUGUUAUUCUGUUGCAAAUAUGUAAAAAGAAUACAGUGAAAUCUUAUGUUUUAUACUCCUUCUUUUUAUAAAUAGGUUGAUUAAAACUAAUAUACUUUUACUUUUGGACUGACCUUGGCAGUUUUGCACCGUACGCUGUAUGAUUUAUGGGUGAGUUUCGUCCUCGCAAAGCAACAGAAGGGGACACUGUCAGUGUGGCGUUUGCUUCGGUGUGUCCCUUGUAAAAUGAUGUGUACAGUUAUACUAUUUAUGAACAUUCUGAUUAAAAAAGGUUAAUGAUG